AUGGCUAACUCUUUGUCUGCUGAGCAGCCACUAUGCCAUGCAGACGAGAGCUCCGCCUUGCUGCAAUUCAAGCAAAGCUUUUCAAUUGACAAAUCAACUUCUAGUGAUCCUUCUACUUAUCCGAAGGUUGCAUCAUGGAAGCUUGAAGGAGAUAGUGGCCAUUGCUGCUCAUGGGAUGGCGUUGAAUGCGAUCAGGAGACGGGUCAUGUGAUUGGCCUUGACCUCAGCAACAGUUUCCUCUACGGUUCUAUCAAUUCAAGCAGCAGCCUCUACAGCCUAGUUCACCUUCAGCGACUUAACCUUGCUUAUAAUGACUUCGAUUACUCUUGCAUUCCAUCAGAAAUUGGCCAUCUCUCAGGGCUAACAAGUCUCAACUUUUCCUCCUCUGUAUUUUCCGGUCAAAUCCCUUCGGAAAUCUCAAAAUUGUCCAAAUUGGUUUCCAUUGAUCUUUCUUUCAAUGUAGACUCAUCAAAUGCAGGAGGACUGAAACUUGAAAAGCCUGGUCUGAGAAGCCUACUUCAAAACUUGACUAACCUCAAAGUGCUUCGUCUCAAUGACGUGAGCAUAUCUUCUGAAGUACCUGAUACAUUGGCCAAAUUAACUUCCUUGACAGCUCUCGUUCUUGAAAAUUGUGGGUUGCGUGGCGAGUUUCCAAUAAGCAUAUUUUAUCUGCCAAACCUUCAAAUUCUUGAUGUAAGUUUGAAUGGAUAUCUCACUGGCCAUUUGCCCGAAUUUCAUCCAAGUAGCCCCCUUCAGCAUUUGAUGCUUUCUUAUAACAGCUUUUCGAGGAAGCUACCGGAUUCGAUUGGAAAUCUUAAUUUCCUGAAUCAAUUAAAUUUCUCUGGCUGCUAUUUUCCAGGGUCCCUUCCAGCUUCACUCGGUAAUUUGACCCAACUCAAUUACGUGUCGCUUUCAUCCAACAAGUUUAAUGUAUGGACUCUACAAUUACUUGGUAAGCUAACUGAACUCACUGACUUGGAGCUUAGGGACCUCAAUCUAUACGGUUCGAUCCCAUCAGUUCUUUCAAACCUAACUCAACUUACUUAUUUAGACCUGUCCUCCAAUCACUUAAGUGGUGAAAUAAUAUCUCUUAUAACCAACCUAACCCAUCUAAUUUCGCUAGAUCUUUCAAUAAAUCAAUUGCGAAGCCCAACCCCAAGGUCAUUAUCUGAGCUAAAGAAUCUUGAAACUCUAGAUCUCACUUUCAAUAACCUCAGUGGCUUCGAACUUGAAAUUUUUCUGAUGCUCAAAAAUCUUAUUUUUCUCGAUUUGUCUGGCUUUGAGAAAAAUCCAGAUAUCCUUCCAUGGGAUAAUUUACUCAAGUUAGACCUUUCUUAUAACAGGCUACAAGGACCGCUGCCAAUUCCACCAUUAUCCACUUGCUCUUAUAGUGUCUCACACAGCGGAUUGACAGGAAAACUUCCACCAUUGAUCUGUCAAUUGAGUUCUCUUUAUGUUUUUGAUUUGUCUAAUAACAACUUGACUGGAACUAUUCUUCCAUGUUUGAGUAACUUCAGUGAUUCUUUGAAAGUCCUAAAUCUCAAAGGCAACAACUUUCAGGGUCCCAUUCCUCACUCAUACAAUAGAGGAAACAAAUUGAAGAUGAUUGACUUCAGUGAUAAUAAAUUACAGGGGAAGGUGCCAAGAUCAUUGGCAAGUUGUACCGAGCUUGAGAUUCUUGAUCUCUCAAAUAAUCUGAUUGACAAUGCAUUCCCCUUAUGGUUAGGAGAUCUUACAAAGUUACAGGUUCUCAUCUUGCGAUCCAACAAAUUCUAUGGUGCUAUAGGGAAUCACAAAAUUAAGUUAGAGUUACCAAAUUUGCACAUCAUUGACCUCUCUCAUAAUGGUUUUACCGGCGAUUUGCCAUCAAAAUACUUUCAAAAUUGGAAUGUAGUGAAAUUUUUUGAUGUCGACAAGAUGAAAUAUAUGGACACAAUCAUUAAAGUUCGCACGAACAAUGACAUUUGGGGUGAUGGCUAUUGGUACACAAUGAACAUUACAAACAAAGGUGUAAAUACAGAAUAUCAGGAGAUCCUGAAUGUCUUCACUGUCAUUGAUCUCUCAAGCAACAAAUUUGAAAGGUUGAUUCCAGAAUUUAUUGGUGUUAGUAUAUUAUUAUAUGUUAGUGUUUAG